AUGGUCAUAGGUGAUACCGUUGGACCGUAUCAGGGGAUGCUGGAACGCGGGAAAUUCUGUUCCAGUGCUGCGAUCGCAACGGCCUUGGCGGUUUCAGCCGGGAACAGCCCCCCUGACGUGGAUACGGUGAAGUUGGCCUUACACUUACCGAACGAGCGAUAUGCCUGCAAUCCGGACAGCCUAUACGCGGUGCCGAGGACCGAUCUACACGAAGCGGAAUGGAUAGAGCCUGACUCGAUAGACGCUGAGAUCUCGAGGUUCGUAGCCGGCUCGUCGACAACGACAACGACCACGCGGAAUAAUUCAAGAAGAUGCUGUCGGACCUCAACCAGCUCCGGCUAUUCCAGCCAUUCCCCGCCGUUGUCGGCUGGCUCGUACUCUUGCUACGCGUCCGCGGUCCCUGGCCAGGCAUUCUUUCGAACUGUACCCCUAACGAUGAAGGACCAGUUCGGCGGAGGGCUCGCUGUGAUACACGAGAGCGAGACGAUCCCACGUCCUAUCUGGCCGUCUGCGUUUCCUGGGCCCCGUGAACUGUAUCAAACCGAUGAGAAUCCUGAGUACGAUGCUUUAUACGCGUGUUGUGGAUGCGGUUGCGCGUACGCGUACUCGCAUUGCGACCGGGACUACGAGAAAUCGGCCGGUACGUCGGCCCGUGAUGUCCUUCUCGAGUUAUCCCGAACGCUGAACUCUGUGAUAGACGGGGAGACCGCGAUGACACCGGAGGAGAUCCUCCAAAGUAUUUCGCGGAAGGUCACCCAAGAAAUCGGUCUGAAGGGGGGGAUCUACGAGUACGUUUAUCAUCAUAAUUCCUCGUUUCUGCCCGGCAAGAAGUCGUUGCUGAACGAGACGAGCUCGUCCCUGUUGAGCUGCACCAAACGAACCACUACGUCGGGGAUCAAUCCGGUGAACUCGAAGCUGUAUACAAACACCAGACACUUUUACGUCCAUAAUCCGGCCUGGUACGCGUCUUUGUGCACCUGCGAGCACGCUCACCAGUUUUUCUCAUCGUCGUCGUCGUCGUCGAAGGGUGACGAACAACAAACGGGCACCAGGAACGAGACAGGAAAGAAAGAAAGCAUGUUUGCGGUGUUUCCGUUGGACGAUCACUGUACAGGAACGCUGAUCAGCCCAGCGUCCCAGAACGAUACGAACGUUUCCGAUUCGCGCGUCUGCAAAUGUUCGAACCGCCCGAGCCGCCAGGCCGCGCAGAACGCGUACGCGAAUCGUCGAAUCGGCUCGGAUCCGAAGGAGACGAUUGGUUUGAACGGGGAGAAACAGAAUCGUAAUAGACUCGUCCACGGUGAACCGGAAUACGCAACGCAGCUGGAGUGCAGUGACGGUGGCUCGUCCAGCGAGGGUAUGGUCGUCAGUUCCAGCAAGGGGGACUGGGACCAUCGUCUUCGGGGUUUCGCCGGUGAUUUGGAUUUCACGCUGGACGUAUCACGCGCCGAACGAUUGGGUCGAACGAUCGCAAAAGCGAAACGGAAACGACAAUGGUGCAGAGCUGUGACCGCCUUCUUCGGACUAGUCUUUUUCGUUUUAAGUGUCGUCAUUGUCUCGUUGUCUGUCACGAGGGGUCGUAAAGCAUUCGGAAGCAUGUGAGAGCCUUAUGGUCUUCCUGCAAACUACAGGCCAGAAACGAUGCAAAAUAUUC